AGGCCAGAGAUAUACAGGCAGACAGAAAUUGAAAAUGUUUGCUUAAUGUUGAUUUUCUUCUUAAAUAACUCUCUUUGUUUUACUGCUGCCUGCCUUAUGUCUUUGGUCAACCUACAUAAUGCGAAAGCCACAUUCUAUUUCGAUCAAUACAGAGUAUUGACCCCAAAAAUUUUGCUCUCUGGACCCCGGGACAUGGUGCCUGCACAACCCACGCUUCAAAAAGGUAGAGCUUGGAGUGAGCAGACCACCCACGGGCUAAAGUGACUGGGUGUGUGAAGGCAGUGAAGGAUGGCCGUGUUUUGGAAACCGAUAGCAGGUAGACUUCUGCUUACUGUGAGCCUCACUCUGCUGGGAUGGGGAGUUGAGGGGCAGGGGGAUAGACAAGGAAAGAAAUUAGUAUCAGGCGAUGUUACCGUCUACCUCGGCCAGGGCAGAGACAUCUGGAGGCCAAUAAUCCACACCACAUCAAACGUCAGUGAGAUCAGCUGUAUCAAGUCAUCAUUUCAGUUACGGACCUUUGACCCGGAAGGUGCCAUUUUCUACGGAGAUACCAAAAACGGGGAGGACUGGUUUGUUUUGGCUUUGAAAGAAGGCAUGCCCCUAAUGCAGAUCAGCAUCGCGGGCAGCCUUGUCAGUGUAAUGGGCGGCCCCCAGCUCAAUGACGGAAAAUGGCACACAGCCUCUUGUGCUCCUGGUGCCACCCAGCUGGAGGUGAGCAACCAAGAUGAUUUUGUGAUUCUAGAUGUGGACGGCUCCAAAGGGCUGGUGGUGGGCAUGGGGGGACCGGCCAAACAGACAGAGGAUUCCCAUGCUGGGGUACUCCGACUAGCCCUGGGCGGGAUCUUAAUCGACAAGGGAAAGAUGAUGAUCCAGUUUGAUCACAAGAUGGACGGUUGUGUGCGAAAAGGCAGCUGGUUAGACCUCAGAGUCCCCUGGGAGGUGGAGGUGGAGGAGUUCUUGCCCUGCUAUCAAGACAUCCUUCCCGGCAGCUACUUCCCCGGCACUGGAUUUGCCGUUUUCAAUACCUCAGUUUUCCCUGUUAAGGAGUACGAGGGGAUCAAGAUUGAGUUACAUGGAGAUUUCAGUAAGAUGCAUGGGACCAUUUUGAGCAUCAAGGCUCCUGGGCAAGAGAUGAUGCUCACUCUAACGGCCAAUAACAACACACAGGAGGUCAACCUUUCUUACGGCUCACAAAAAAUCAGCAUGAAAGCCACUUUCAACAAGCUGGUGAUAACCUUUCUAGACGAGUUACUGCAAGUCCUUAAAAAACAAGAAAAAUUGCAGGAUUUACAAGUCGUAUCAGUGAAAAACUCAGGCUUUUCGUCCACCUGGGGAAACGGUCGUCUUGCCAUUGGAGGUCUCUUGGGUGAGGGUGAAGACAAUGUUGGCUCCCAGUUUUUGGCAGGCUGUCUGGAUAUGAUCCAGAUUCAGGACAGGGAUUUGGAUUUGGAUUUUGCUGUCAAACAUCCAUCAAUCUCCUCUCACAGCUGUCCUGCAUAAACAAUGGAAGUGCGCCUGUUCGAUGUGGACUCUGAUGCCUUUGGUUCCAAUUAAAACAAAAAAUACAAUGUGUUUAAAAGUGAAAAAUGUUCUGGUUACAGUCAUUCUGUAUACGCACAUUUGACAUUUGUAUCAAUAAACUCCUAAAGUAUGGAGAGUUUUUAAUAAACUAUUAAUCUGUUGAUGAAAAAUA